CUUUGCGGCUACCGUAGGUCAUAUGUUGGUCAGUCAUGGCGGAUUCCAGGGUGCACGAAACUGUACUAAAUUUGUCAUCUGGCUUGUACUCACUUUGUGUGAACUGCUGAAGCGACGUGUUAGUACAACGUUUGCAUACGAUUGAUGGCUACCUCUGUAUUCUGUCAACGUAUCCUGAAGCUACAUCACCUCUCAAGAUUCCAAAGAGGCUUGAUCUGGGUACGUAGUCAGCACAGCACAGCAGAGCAGGAUGUUGAUGAUCCGGGUGAGACCGAUGAAGCAUUACAGCCUGGGGAAGAAGGACCUCAACUUGCAUACAAACUUUUCUAUAAACCAUCUUCAUAUUGCCACAUCAGACACUUGCAAACCGCUCUGAGCCAAAGAGACAAUGAAGAGGAUGAACCAUGUCUGCCUAUUCUUACACCUUGUUUCUGGCAACAAGGUAACACAUAUAGUGUGAGUUCUUCCCGACAUCUUUCCAGCACAAAAAACACUCUGCUUGACUUAGCGUUUAACAAAAGCCCUGAAACACAAUCACAGGGACGUAGACAACCGAUCCCACCAGAUGUUAGAUUUGACACACGUGCCUUCCUCAAAUGCAGACCGGAAUAUUCAUAUGUGUCUCUGGAUACUACCCAACGACCUUCGUCUACUCCAUUUGACAAAGCAUGGGCACUCUUAAAAAAAGUCUCUGUGCUAAAAGCUGCUAUGAAACCAUCUGAUGUCUCCAGUAUCCUUUGGGAGCUGAGCUGUGUGGACCCCGACAAGACUACGCUAGUGAGGAGUGACUUGCGUUUUGUCAUGCUACUUAGAUAUUCAGUAGAAAACCUGCAGCUGUAUUCUUUAUCUCAACUAUUGGAAGUGUUGCAGGCAUUUGUGUGGCUGGAAAUGCCCUCAGCUCACAGUGUACUAGACCUGUACGAAUCAGAGCUGAGCUGUAGAGCUGAUCAAAUGACUCUACAUCAGUUGCUGUUCACUGCAGAUUUGUGGCGCUGCAUUGGAAAGCAGGUACCCCAGUAUUUGAAAAAAGUUUAUGGAUCUGUUCCUUUAUAUGUAGGCCAGAUAGGGACUCCGGAGCUGGUACAACUCCUCUACAUCCUGGGAGAAGGCAGGCAUUGCCCUAAAGACUUGGUUCAACCUUUGGAACAGCUGUUGAUGCGCCAUUUACACGAGCUACAACCAGAAGAGGUGGGCACUGUAUGCUUGGGUCUUUUUAAAUCCCAAACUUCGUUAUCAGAAGGAGCUGUGAUGCGUAUUGUGGACAAGGCGUACCUUUUUGUGGAGGACAUGAGCGACUUUGGACUAGUGAAUGUGAUGAAGUAUUUGCGGUUUAGCUAUCUGUAUCACAAGGAGUGGCUGGAGGCUAUGGGGAAGGAGGUACCGAGGCGUGCGCACAGGAUGGGCAUACAGGGGCUCAUGCACAUGGCACUGGCCUGUUCUGCUCUGCAUUAUCGCAAUGAUAAUAUACUUACGGGAAUAGCAGAAAGAGUUCCCUUGCUAGUACCACAUUGUAGGAGUAAAGACUCAAGUAAGCUUUUGUGGGCAUACGGGACAUUAGGCUUUCUUCCUGUUAAAAGUCCAAAUCUGUAUCCUAGUCUCACAGAGGGACUAAGGCUACGUAAAGCUGAAUUUUAUCGCUACCCAGAACAUCUCCUCACUGGACUUUUAGGGCUCGCCUUCGUCUCUUCUUUCCCUGAGGAUUUAAUAUCAUUAGCACUUAGCCCAGAGUUUGUUAACUUAGCACUCAAAUCAUCACAACUGGAUCUAAAGAAAGAUUUGUACACUUUAAAUGGUGCUGUGGAGCUGGAGUUGCCGACCGGACCAUGGCUGAGCUCCGAACUAAAAGAAGAGGUGGCAGACAUGCUUUGUAAUUUCGCAGAGUCAGAUAUUUGCCAAAAACUAGAAGUUGUGCAAGCAGAGUUAUGUUUAAAGGAUUUGCUUGGAGGAGAGAAGUUUGUGUGUAAGAGGAUGAUACUGCCGCACACGCGCUCCAUCGAUCUAGAAGUGCAUUUGGAUUCAAAGGGACAGCCCAUUCCAGUGACGUCACUAUGCAAUAACACACCAGAAAAAACAUCUUCCAAAAGUGAAAAUUUCUAUAACUGGAACAAAACGAACAUUGGCGUUAAAGUGACAGAUGAUCUCGUUGCUCAGUUAUUAAAUACCAAAAACAAAAAUACUCCAUUAAAAAAAGUUAAACCCACACAACUUCAUAGGGUAGAGCCUGAUGAGAGGGAAACAUUUGAUACUGGCUUGUUCCUGACCAAUGAGUUAACAGACAUGUUAACCAAAAGUUCAAAGCUUAAGGAAAAUAAAGGGCCAAUGAAACUUGCUAUACAGGUAUCCAAUAGAAAUCAUUACUGCUACCAUUCCGAGCAGCUGUUGGGACUCCAUGCCAUGAAGAGGAGGCACUUGAAGCUGGCAGGGUAUAAGGUUGUGGAACUGCACUAUCAGGAAUGGUUUCCCCUGCUGAGGAAAAGCAGAACAGAGAAGCUAGCAUACCUUCACUGCAAGGUUUUCAAUCAAUAAAAAUAAAACUGACUUGGAUUCAUGAUGCACUAGUAUAAACUCUAGCAGUUCUAAAACAAAACAAAAAAGUUAACAAAUGAAUGUUAUCUGUAAAAUUCUAUGCAUUUUUUUGUUUACAAUAAAGGAAAUUAUAUGUA